AUGCUCUCACGUGUUGCUGCAGUGAAGGCACCCCGCACACACAACCGUCGCCGCGUGACCAGAUCCAGCGGAAGGAGGAGGGAAGGAAGAGAGAGUGAGCUGCAGAGGCCCAACAUGUCCCGGCGUAUGUUUACUUCUGCAGCACUGCUACUUCUUGUUGUGAUAAUGUGCUGCGGCACUGGUGGUGCUGCCCCCGCAGGUAAGGGGUCAAAGUCAGAUUCGGGAUCUUCACUGGAUAAACACAUUGUUUGGAGAGAUAAGAAAGAAGACGAAACAGUGGAUUCGCUCUAUGCUCCCAGUUUUGUUGAGGUGAAUGGUGGCGUGUUUGCCUUUGCCGAGGCGCUGUUGAAGGAUGGAAACUAUUUCUUUACUGGGAUUGCCUCGGAGCUCCUUGAGUUGAGUGGUGAAAACCAAAAAAAAAUGGGUGGAAGUAAUUUGAAGACAAAGACACUGGAGAAAUGUCCUUCCGAAGGAGGCAAACGCCCCUCUCAGUCAACGAAUCGCGUUGGUUCCCAAAGUUUCCACAGAGUAGAUGUGAGCCGGCCAACAACAGUCGUGAAGGGGAAUGGCAUUUACAUGCUUGCUGGAAAAUACAUCAGGGAAAAUGUUGCUGUUUGUCAGGGUAGGGCUGACGCUGCCUCAUGGGGUCUUUUGCUGGUAAAGGGGAAUGUCAGUGAUGAACAGGACAAAGAAAUUGUUUGGGAAGUUAUUGACGAUCUCCCGUGCACUUCGAUUGUAAAACUUCACGAAUCCUGGCCAUUGCUCACUGGAGGCGGUGGAUCGGGUAUUACGAUGGAUGACGAUACGCUUGUGCUCCCGUUGGAAGCCGUGAAGGAGCACGGCACUGAAAGUGAAGCAAAGGAAGGAAAGAAUAACAACGUUUCGCUGAUCUUGUACUCCUCGGAUACUAAGAAUUGGAAGCUGUCGAAGGGGAUGUCUGCCUAUGGCUGCACUGAUCCCUCCGUCGUGGAGUGGAAGGGAAAACUCAUGAUGAUGACUGCGUGUGAUGAUGGCCGCCGCAGGGUGUACGAGUCCGGUGAUAAGGGGGCGUCGUGGACGGAGGCGCUCGGGACACUCUCGCGCGUGUGGGGCAACAACCAAAAGCGACAUGAGUGGGGCGUUAGGAGCGGGUUCAUCACAGCGAAUAUUGACGGUGUUGGAAAUGAUAAGAGAAAUGUGAUGCUCGUUACUCUGCCGGUGUUUUCCAAGAAGGCUGAUACACGAGGCCGUGGAAAAGAAAGGGGCGAACUCCAUCUUUGGCUGACGGACAAUACGCACAUUGUUGAUAUUGGUCCGGUAUCCGGGAACGAUGACGCUGCCGCCAGCUCCCUGUUGUACAAAAGUGGAACUAAUGGGAAUAAUAAUAAUGAGUUGAUUGCACUGUACGAGAAGAAGGAAGAUGGGUUCAGACAAUCACUCGGUAUGGUCUCUGUGCGUCUGACUGAGCAGCUGAAGCGUGUGAAGGAUGUGCUGGCGACGUGGAAGGAAGUGGACGACCUUGUCUCCAAGCUGUGCACUCCUUCUAAUACUGAGAAGGACCGUCCAAAUAGCACUCCCUGCAGCACUACUGUUAAGAUCACCGCUGGGCUGGUUGGCUUUUUGUCCGGCAACUUGUCUGGUAGCAAAUGGAAGGACGAGUACCUCGGGGUGAACGCCAGAGUAACUGGUGCUGUAAAAAAGGCAGAGCCUUCCGAUGGCGUGACAUUUAAAGGGCGUGGCGCAGGGGCGCACUGGCCUGUUGGCAGGCAGGGGGAGAAUCAGCUGUACCACUUUGCGAACUACAACUUCACUCUUGUGGCGACGGUGUCUAUCCACGGUGUGCCAAAGGACGGAGAUACCCCCAUUCCAUUGAUGGGAGCGAAGGUGAAUGAUGGCGAUAAGAAUACAGUACUCCUGGGACUGUCGUACAACAAAGAAAGGAAGUGGCAGGCGCUGUGCUGUGACGGAACAACCGCGGAGCACAGCAGCACUUGGGAUCCACAGAGACAAUACCAAGUGGCCAUUGUGCUACAGAACGAAAAACAGGGCUCCGUGUACGUCGAUGGUCAGCGUGUGUGUGAGAGUGUGCAAAGUAACUUGGAAAAUACAGAAUCGAAAGGGAUCUCACACUUUUACAUUGGAGGGGAUGGAGGCAGCGCAGAGAACACAGUGGGUGACGAAGGUGUGUCUGUGACUGUGAGGAACGUCCUGCUGUACAACCGCCCGUUGACAUUUACUGGUGGGAGUGCCGAUUUGGAAGAAGAUAUUGCGUCACCUUCUGAAGAUCCAGUGGAGCAAGCGGCCUCGCAGCAGUCUCGAAAAAAACGUGAAGCGCAGCAAGUGCCGGCAGCUUUGAGCUCCAAUGCCGUUGGAGAAGCAACGGGUGAUGGCAGCAUUGUGCGUGAGAGCGGACUGCUGCUGCUGCUUCUUCUGUUGGGACUGUGGGGGUUUGCGGCUCUGUGA